AUGGCAACUGAUGGUGGAAGCGGAACAAGUUGUUAUAGUUUCCCAUUAAACCUAAGGCAUGAGGAGUAUGAUGAUGAUGGGGGUGAGGAGUAUGUUGAUGAUGGUAGUGAGGAGAAUGAUGAUGAUGUGGAUGAGGAGUAUGAUGAUGAUGGUAGUGAGAAGUAUGCUGAUGAUGGCAGUAAUGUAGAAGAUGAUAUAGAGUUUGAUAAAUGCAUUGAUGAAAAUGUGGAAUUUGGAGGGGUUGUAAGAAAUAAUGAAGAAACUGAACAAAGGAGAGUAGAAACUAUUUUAGGUGAAAAUGUGGACUUAUCUGGUGAUAGGGAAGUUCUGGAAAGUGAUGAAGAAGUCCAAGGGGAUGUGUGGCAGGCUGGUAGGCCUAGAGGUCAAGAUAAUGCUCCAGUAUUAUGGAUUGAGAGGACAUUCACAACUAAAAAAGAUUUUAAAGGAGCAGUUUUAGAGUAUGGAAUAAGAAAUGGGAAAGAGUUGAAGUACAUCAAGAAUGACAAGGUCAGAGUUGUAGCAAUUUGUACCCAUGAGUGUUGCAAUUGGAAGAUCACAUUGAGAAGAGUGCCAGAUGAGGUGUGCUGGAGGGUACUAAGUUUCAAUGAUAACCAUGAAGGUUGCACAUGGAGUGAGAAGAAUAGACUACUGACUUCUUUAAAAGUAGCAAAUAAGUGGAAGAAAGAACUUAAAGAUAACUCCAAAAUGACAAUGCAUGAAUUCAGGAAAAAGAUUUGGACUUCUGGGCAUUACAGUUUGAGUUCUAGACAAGCCUAUAAGGCAAUGACCUUUGCUAAGAGAGAUAUUAAAGGAGAAGCUGAAGAUAACUUCAAAAAAAUAUGGUCUUACGAUGCUGAAAUCCGGAAAACAAAUCCCAUGUCAAGAUUUUUUAUUAAGUUAAGUGAUGAUGGAGGCAUGGAAAGGCUUAAGAGAGUAUACGUGUGUUGGGAAGCUUGUAGGGAAGGUUUCAAGUAUUGUAGGCCAUUAAUUGGUGUUGAUGGUUGUCAUCUGAAGGGUAGGGUAGGUAUGCUACUGACUGCAAUUUCAAUAGAUGGGAAUGAAGGGAUUUUUUCACUUGCAUAUGCUUUUGUUGAAGGAGAGAAUAAAGACAGUUGGUGUUGGUUUCUAAAGUUAUUGCAGAGGGACUUGGAAACCAUUGAAAUCAAUGAAAAUAACCUAACAUUUAUGUCCGACAAGCAAAGGGGUUUGAUACCAGCUUUUCAUGAGGUUUUUCCUAGGGCAAGUCAUAGAUUCUGUGUCAGGCAUUUACAUGGCAAUAUGAGAGUGGUAGGUUUUAUUGGACAACCAAUAAAAGAUGCAUUGUGGAAGGCUGCUAGAGCAACAACAGUGAAUACCUUUACAACUGCUUUUAGGGAGUUAAAGGAUCUGGAUGUGAAGGCAUUUGAGUGGUUGGCAGAUAAGCAUCCAGCAGAAUGGUCAAGGUCACACUUCAACACAAGGGCUCAAUCAGAUAUGCUGGUUAAUAAUAUCUGUGAAAGUUUCAACUCCAUGAUCCUUGAUGCAAGAGAGAAUCCUUUGAUCACUUGCUUAGAGAUUUUAAGAAAACAACUUAUGGUCCGGAUUUAUGAGUGUAAGACUAGGGCUUCAAAAUGGCCUGGACCUAUAUGUCCAAAUAUUGUUAAAAAACUAGAUAUUGUUGAGCAACAAGCUGGGUCCUUUUGGUGUUAUCAAAGCAGUGAGACUUUGUUUGAAGUCAUAGGGCCAGUGGAUCAACAUCAAGUGGAUUUGGGAAGACAUAGUUGCUCUUCUAGAAAGUGGGAACUAACAGGGAUCCCUUGUAGACAUGCAGUCUAUGCAAUUUGGAAAAAGUAUGGCAAAGGACCUGUUUAUGAUUAUGUUCAUCCAUGUUAUUCGGUCCAGACUUAUAAGAAAACUUAUGAAGGUUGUAUUCAUCCAAUUGCUGGACCUGAUGAAUGGCCUAUCAUUCAAAGGGAGCCACCAUUGCCAGUUUGCCACCAUUAUACAAAACACAAGUUGGAAGGCCUAAGAAUUGACAUAGAGAUUACUAAUGGAUGUGAGAAUGAAACUGAUGUGAAUGAAGUUGAUCCAUUGUUGGAAGAAGUGAAUGAUUUCACCAAUUUAGAUGAUACAUUGUUGGAUGAAGUGGAUGGAACUGAUGUGAAUGGAGCUGAAGUGAAUGAUUUCACCAAUUUAGGAAAUAAUUCUUUUGAAGUGGUUAAAAUAAAAUGUUAUAAUCCAUUGUUGGACGAAUGGGAUGCAAUUCAAAUCCCAUGGGAGGUUUUUGAUAACACACAAGAACCACCAUGUGAUGGCACAGAACCAGAAGAAGCAACAUCAGAAGGCUAUGCUAGAGGACCCCCUAAGGCUAUGUUAAAGAAGGGAAGAAAACAGAAGAAAGCAUUGGGAUCAACCAGGAAAUACAAGACUAGAUCUACAUCUAUGUUCAAGAGCAAGUUCCAUGGGAACUCUAAGGAGCCAAUAGAAAUUGAGUAG